AAAGGAGACCGGGAGGGGGGCGAGAUAUUCUUUCUCCACCCCUUUUGGGUUACCUUCCCAGCGGUGCUCUCGGUCUCCCUUUCAUCGCUGGAGUGGAGUGAUUGUGCUUAGAGGUGACCUCGAGGAGCAGAAGUGGUCAUUUCUCCUAUUAUCAUCAUGUCUGAGCCAAUCAGAGUCCUGGUGACUGGGGCCGCCGGUCAGAUUGCCUACUCUCUGCUCUACAGCAUUGCUAAAGGUGAUGUUUUUGGCAAAGAUCAGCCUCUUGUUCUUAUACUGUUGGAUAUCACUCCUAUGAUGGCCGUGUUGGACGGCGUCGUUAUGGAACUGCAAGAUUGCGCUCUUCCGCUGUUAAGAGAGGUCAUUGCAACAGACAAAGAAGAUGUUGCCUUUAAAAACCUCGAUGUAGCCAUUCUGGUUGGCUCCAUGCCAAGGAAAGAGGGCAUGGAGCGGAAAGAUUUACUCAAGGCCAACGUGAAAAUCUUUAAGUCCCAAGGCUCGGCACUGGACAAGUACGCCAAGAAAACGGUCAAGGUCAUUGUGGUGGGCAAUCCAGCCAAUACCAACUGCCUGACUGCCUCCAAAUCUGCUCCAUCCAUCCCAAAAGAGAACUUCAGCUGUUUGACUCGUCUGGACCACAACAGAGCUAAAUCCCAGAUUGCUCUGAAAGUCGGCGUGCGUGCGGAUGAUGUAAAGAACUGCAUCAUCUGGGGGAAUCACUCUUCCACUCAAUAUCCCGAUGUCAGCCAUGCCAAGGUCAAAGUGCAAGGCAACGAAAUUGGCGUCUAUAAAGCAGUGAAAGAUGACAACUGGCUUAAGGGAGACUUCAUUGCGACGGUUCAGCAGCGGGGCGCAGCUGUCAUCAAGGCCCGGAAGCUCUCGAGCGCCAUGUCAGCGGCCAAAGCCAUCUGUGAUCACGUGAGGGACAUCUGGUUUGGCACUCCAGAGGGUGAAUUUGUGUCUAUGGGUGUCAUUUCUGAUGGAAAUUCAUACGGCAUCCCCGAGGAUCUGAUCUACUCCUUCCCAGUUGUCAUAAAGAAUAGAUCAUGGAAGUUUGUUGAAGGCCUUCCCAUCAACGACUUCUCUCGUGAGAAGAUGGAUUUGACCACUAAGGAGUUAAUGGAGGAAAAGGAGACGGCUGUGGAGUAUUUGUCCAGUGCGUGACUAGGUGCUGGCCAGGAGACAGGAGACCACUUGAGUCCAGAGGAGUCUAAAAGUCGUCUCUGAAUCCAGCACCAAAUGCUAUUACUGUGUCCGCUGUUUUUUCCCCCGUGUCUGAUCCACGCAUCGUAAAAGGUUAUCUGUGCCUAUUAUCGAGUGCUCUUAGUAAAUAUAUGAUUGCACAAGCCGCUCUUGAAAAAAAAAUAGUAGUUUUCAGACUCGACCAAAUCUUCUCUGCUCAGUACCGUUUGCUUCCGGUGUUGCAUAGUUACCGUGAGACUCCUUUUGCCUCCGCAGCUGAAAGGGCACCAGCCGUCUUUCAGUGUGAGUUACACCAAAGCCGUCCGCACAAAAUUAAGAGGUGAUUUGGACAGAGUGGGCUCUUGUACUAGAUUAUUAAAAGUAAAAACAGAAUGUACCCGUGCACUUUCUAGAAAAGAAAAACGGAGCAUUGAAUUUCCUUCUACUGUUAAAACCGAAGUUGGAAAUGUAGUUUGGAAUGUGACAAUGUAUACAGAUUGGCCAUCGGGAAACGUUCCUAGAAAUGAUAUGAAAUGUUGAGUUAGCACUUGUCAUUUUUUUCCUGUGUCAACCUUCUGUAACCUUUCUUCAUUUGCUCUUAGUAAGGCGUGUAAAAUAAAAAUCCUCACCAGAAAACCAAUCACAUGACGUUAUGAAAUAAAGCAAUACUAGACACAAAA